AUGGCGCCGCAAGGAGGUAGCGGUGAUCCGCAGGAUGAUGAUGCCAAAAAUAUGUUUGAUAGGAUAGGGAAAGACGUGUACGACGAAGUGCAUGGUGAGGCUAAAAAAUAUAAAGAGGCGUUGAAAGGAAAGUUGCAGGAAGCAGUAAGUACUAGUCCGGAAUUAGUUGCCUUCACAGAUCCGUGCGAACUUGUAAAACAAUAUUAUAAUAACCAUGUUAAUGGUAAAAGUAACAGGUAUCCGUGCGGAAAUGUAAAAAAUGCAAAAAAUGAAAAAGUAAAACGUUUUUCGGAUACACUUGGUGGCCAAUGCACUGAUCAACAAAUAGAAGGUAAUGAUCGUAAGAAUGGUGGCGCCUGUGCGCCAUAUAGACGAUUAUAUCUAUGUGACAAAAAUCUGGAAACUAUCAGUAAUUAUAAUAGUAAUGCUAGACAUAAAUUGCUGGCAGAAGUGUGUUAUGCAGCAAAAGAGGAAGGGGACUUAAUAAAAACACAUUAUACAGAACAUAAACUGACUAAUCUUGAUACUAAAUCUCAACUAUGUACUGCAUUAGCACGUAGUUUUGCAGAUAUAGGUGAUAUCGUACGCGGUAAAGAUCUUUUCCUUGGUAAUAGCGUAGAAAGUGCACAAAGAAUAAUAUUAGAAAAUAAUUUGAAAACAAUUUUCCAACAAAUACAUAGUGAAGUGACGACGACGAAUGGAGAGGCAGCAGAAGCACGCUAUAAUGAUACUAAAAAUUAUUAUCAAUUACGAGAAGAUUGGUGGGAUGCUAAUCGAGAAACAGUAUGGAAAGCUAUCACAUGUAACGCUUGGGGUAAUACAUAUUUUCGAACAACGUGCAGUGAUGGAAAGAGUCAGUCUCAAGCUAAUAAAUACUGCCGGUGUGACGGCGACCAGCCAGGUCACGACAAGUCAAAGGCCGGCAAGGCAAAUGACGACGUAAAUAUUGUCCCCACAUAUUUUGACUAUGUGCCUCAAUAUUUGAGAUGGUUCGAGGAAUGGGCAGAAGAUUUCUGUCGUAAAAAAAAAAAAAAAUUAAAAGAUGUUAAAAGAAAUUGUCGUGAUGAAACAGUAAAAUAUUGUAGUGGUAAUGGCUACGAUUGCACAAAAACUAUAUAUAAAAAAGGUAAACUUGUUAUAGGUAGUGAAUGCACUAAAUGUUCUGUUUGGUGUCGUCUGUAUGAAAAAUGGAUAGAUAACCAGAAAAAAGAAUUUCUAAAACAAAGAAACAAAUACGAAACAGAAAUAUCAAAUAGCGGUAGUUGUGGUGGGAGUGGUGGUGUUAAGGGUAGUAGUAGGAAAACGCGAGCUGCAACUAUCAAGUAUGAAGGAUAUGAAAGUAAAUUUUAUAAAAAACUGAAAGAAAAAAAUAACUAUGGAACCGUUGAUGAUUUUUUAAAAUUAUUAAAUAAAGAAAAUGAAUGUAAAGGUAUUAAUGAGCAAGAAGAAAUAAUUGAUUUUUCUAAUAAAUGUGAUUAUCGUUUUGAUAAAAAUAUUAAUAAUAAGGGAACAUUUUAUCAUUCGGAAUAUUGCCAACCCUGUCCCGGAUGUGGGGUCAAACGUAAAGAUAAUCAAUGGAAAGAGAAAAAAAAUGGCGACUGUGAUAGUGAUAAACAUUAUAAGAUUGAAGAUGGUGCCAAACCUAUUGAUAUCAACGUCCUUUCCUUCGGUGAUAAAGGAAAUGAGAUAAAAAGUAAAAUUGACAAGUUUUGCCUAACACAAAAUGGUAGUGCUGGUGGUGGUGGUAGUGGUAAUGCUAGUGGUUCUAGUGGUGAUUGUGGUGGUGGUAAUAGUGAUUCUUCUUUGUGUGAACCAUGGAAAUGCUAUGAAGCUCAAUAUGUAAAGGAAGAUAAAAAAGAAGAUGAGGAGGAUGAAGACGAAGUCAAGGAGGAGGACUAUUUAAAAGAUGCAGGUGGAUUAUGUAUAUUGAAAAACAAAAAUAAAGAAGAGAAAAAAGAAAAAGAAAAAAAGUCUGAAGAGGAACCUGCUGAAUUCCAAAAGACGUUCAACGAUUUUUUUUACUUUUGGAUAAGACGUUUUUUGAACGAUUCUAUGUAUUGGAGAGGAAAAGUUGAGAGAUGCUUAAAAAAUAAAUCAGAAAAAUGUAAAAGUGGAUGUAACAAGGAUUGUGACUGUUUUAAAAAAUGGAUUGGAAAAAAGAAAGAAGAAUGGGACGCAAUAAAAAAACAUUUUAAAACGCAAGAAGCUUUUAAGAAUGGAGGAGAAAAUGGCGUAAUUGACAUGUUUGGCGAAGCAUUUAGAUCUGCUGAUUUUGUUCUUGAAUUGGCUUUGGAAUUAGAACAACUUUUCCAAGAUAUUAAAGAGGGUUAUGGGGAUGUAAAGGAAUUAAAAGGAAUUGAGAACAUGUUGGAAAAGGAAAAAAAAAAAAAUGAAGAAGAAACAACUGUUGGCAAUGACAGUCAAAAGAAGACCACAAUUGAUAAAUUACUACAACAUGAAGGAGAAGAAGCCAAAGAUUGCCUAGAAAAACAGAAUGACUGUAACAAACAAUCACCACCCACUGGAGGUCCUGGUGGCGCUGGAGGUCGCUCCCAAACACCACAUGCUGGUGGCGCCACUGCCCCCAAAAAAGGGGAUUCCGAAGGUGAAGACGAAGACGAAGUCGAAGACGGCGAGGAGUCGGAGUCGGAGGAAAAGGAAAAGGAGGAAAAGGAAAAGGAGGAGGACAGGAAGGUGAAGGAGGAGGUGAAGGAAACCAAGGUGGAUGGGGAAUCACCAAAAGAAACAACAAAGGAAGUAAAUCCAUGUCAAAUAGUUGACGACCUAUUUAAAGGCACAAACAAAUUUUCCGACGCUUGUGACCUCAAAUAUAACAAAGGCAAAAACUACGGCUGGCGUUGCAUACCAACAGGAAACACAAGUAAUGACAACAAGGGUGAGAAUAGUGGUAACGGUGCUCUCCUCCAACGUUCCAAACGUCAUACCAGUGAAAGUAGUGCCGACAGUGCCCCUAGUGGUGACACCACCGGUGGUAGUAUUUGUGUGCCACCGCGAAGACGAAAACUAUACCUACACAAAGUGGACGACGGUGAGUUUGACGACGACAAGUCAUUACGUGAUUGGUUUGUGAAGAGCGCCGCAGUUGAGACGUUUUUUUUGUGGGAUAGGUACAAAAAAGAGAACAAAACACAAAAUACGUCACAACUACUACCAAUAACAGCACCCGUUUCAAAUAGUGAUGACCCCCAAUCCAAAUUACAAAAAAGUGGUGAAAUUCCCCCCGAUUUUUUGAGGCAAAUGUUUUAUACAUUAGGGGAUUAUAGGGAUAUAUUAUACAGUGGUGAUACGGUGAAUGGCGGUAAGGAAAACAAAAUAAAAACUGCUAUAGAUAAUCAUUUUCAAAAAAUUCGUGAACAAUCUUCUAGUGAUAACAACCUAUCUCCUCCUCAUGGAACACCUGGUCAACCAAAUAGUGUCAAAACCCCCCAACAAACCUGGUGGAAAAAAUAUGGAGAAGAUAUUUGGAAUGGAAUGAUAUGUGCAUUAACCUAUGACACAAACACAGCGAGUGGCAAAACACCAACGCAGAUUCCGGAAGUGAAAGAGAAACUUUGGGACAGUGGCAAGCCCCAAAAAAACUACCAAUACUCAGAAGUAAAAUUGAGUGAUAACGAUGGUGAUGGUACAUCCGCUCCCGUGGCCCAACACGCCAGUAGAGACGCCCCCCACACCUCCACAGCCAACGGAAGCAUCUCCCUGGCCGACUUCACCAGCCGCCCCACCUACUUCCGAUACCUUGAAGAAUGGGGUGAAACAUUUUGUCGACAAAGGACACGUAUGUUGGCGAAAAUAAGGGGGGAGUGUGUGAAAAGUGAUGGUGGACGUUGUAGUGGUGAUGGUUUGAAAUGUAACGAAAUAGUUAUAGAUAAGGAAAAAAUUUUUGGCGAUUUCCUUUGUCCGACGUGUGCCGGACAUUGUAGAUUUUAUAAAAAGUGGAUAAAAAUAAAAAAAGAAGAGUUUACUAAACAAAAAGAAAGAUACGAAACGGAAAGUGAUAAUGCUAAAAGUAAAUCUGAUGACACAUCUGAAAAUGAAUUUGUUAAAAAGCUUGAAGAAUAUAAGUCUAUUGAUUUAUUUUUGGGAAAGUUAAAAGCCGGACCAUGUUCUAAAACUAAUAAUGGAGACGAUGACAUAAAUUUUAAGGAAAAUGAUAGUAAAACAUUUAAACAUACAAAUCUUUGUGAUCCAUGUUCUGAAUUUAAAGUUAAAUGUAAUGGAGAUGGUUGCAGGGGUGGUGCUAAUGGAAAUACGUGCAAUAAAACAACUUUUAAGGUUCCAGGUGAUAUUGGAAAUAAAGAGAACCUUACUGAAAAAGUAGAUAUGUAUGUGAGUGAUAAGUAUGCAAAGGGAUUUCUCCAAGAUUUAAACGAUUGUAAUGAUGCAGGUAUAUUUAAAAGUAUUAGAAAAGAUGUAUGGAAAUGUGGUAAUGUAUGUGGUUUAGAUAUAUGUAGUCUGAAAAAAAUAAAUAAUAAUGGACAAGAAAGUGAUGAACAUAUCUUAAUCAAAGAACUGAUUAAACGAUGGUUAGAAUAUUUUUUUCAAGAUUAUAAUAGAAUUCAAAAAAAAUUAAAGCCAUGUAUGAAUGAUGGUAAUGAAUCCUCAUGCAGAAAUAAAUGUAAAAAAAAAUGUGAUUGUGUGGGGAAAUGGGUAGAAGAAAAAAAGAAUGAAUGGGAAAAAAUAAAAGAACAUUACGUUGACAAAUAUAAUUAUAAGGAUACUAAUAAUUUAAACUCUUUUUUGGAAACCUUGAUACCUCAAAUUCCUGUUGUAACUGAUAAAGGUAAGCAUGACAGUUUAGAUAAAUUAAAGACGUCACUUAAAUGUAAUUGUCAUGGGAGAUCGAAAAAGGAAAAUGAUAAAAAUAAUGAUGUUAUAGAUUGUAUGAUUAAAAAGCUUCAAGAAAAAGCAAAAAAGUGUCAUGACCAACAUAGCGACAAUCCACAAGAAAAAUGUGUUGACUCCACCCCCCUUGAAGACGAUGAAGAGGACUUACUCCUUGAAGAAACUGAAAACCCAGUGGAUCCACCGAAGAUUUGUGGAGAUAUGCCAACACAACCAGAAACAAAAGAGGAAGAAGUAGAAAAGUGUGAAGAAGCAUCACCAGCACCAAAAGCACCUGAACCAACACAACCAGCAGAUGGUGGUGAACAAACCCCCGUUCUCAAACCCGAAGAAGAAGCGCCGCCACCCGCACAGGCACCAGACGUGGCACCCCCGGCACGGGCCCCUGCGGAUCAACCCUUUGACCCGACUAUCCUACAAACAACUAUUCCUUUUGGUAUUGCUUUGGCAUUAGGAUCCAUUGCUUUUUUAUUUUUGAAGAAAAAAACCAAAUCUACUAUUGAUCUUUUGCGUGUCAUUAAUAUCCCCAAAAGUGAUUAUGAUAUACCGACAAAACUUUCACCCAAUAGAUAUAUACCUUAUACUAGUGGUAAAUACAGAGGCAAACGGUACAUUUACCUUGAAGGAGAUAGUGGAACUGAUAGUGGUUACACCGAUCAUUAUAGUGAUAUUACUUCAUCUUCCGAAAGUGAGUAUGAAGAAUUGGAUAUUAAUGACAUAUAUGUACCGCAUGCUCCUAAAUAUAAAACAUUGAUUGAAGUGGUACUAGAACCUAGUGGUAACAACACAACAGCUAGUGGUAAGAACACACCAACUAGUGACACACCUAGUGAUACACAAAAUGAUAUACAAAAUGAUGGUAUACCUAGUAGUAAAAUUACAGAUAAUGAGUGGAAUACAUUGAAAGAUGAUUUUAUAUCACAAUAUAUACAAAGUGAACAACCAAAGGAUGUACCAAAUGAUUAUAGUAGUGGUGAUAUUCCAUUCAAUACACAACCAAACACUUUAUAUAUUGAUAAUAAUCAAGAAAAACCUUUUAUUAUGUCUAUUCAUGAUAGAAAUUUAUAUACUGGAGAAGAAUAUAGUUAUAAUGUUAAUAUGGUUAAUAGUAUGGAUGACACAAAAUAUGUAUCAAAUAAUGUAUAUUCUGGUAUAGAUUUAAUUAAUGAUUCAUUAAAUAGUGGUAAUCAACCUAUUGAUAUAUAUGAUGAAGUAUUGAAACGAAAAGAAAAUGAAUUAUUUGGGACAAAUCAUGUGAAACAAACAAGUAUACAUAGUGUUGCCAAACCUGCACGUGACGACCCCCUACACAACCAACUGGAACUAUUCCAUAAAUGGCUAGAUAGACAUAGAGAUAUGUGCGAGAAGUGGAAUAAUAAAGAGGAACUAUUAGAUAAAUUAAAAGAAGAGUGGGAAAAUGAGACACAUAGUGGUAACACUCACCCUAGUGAUAGUAACAAAACGUUAAAUACUGAUGUUUCUAUACAGAUAGAUAUGAAUAAUCCCAAAACUACAAAUGAGUUUACAUAUGUGGAUAGUAAGCCCAACCAAGUGGAUGACACCUACGUGGAUAGUAACCCUGACAAUUCUUCUAUGGAUACUAUCUUGGACGAUCUGGACAAACCAUUUAAUGAACCCUACUAUUAUGAUAUGUAUGACGAUGAUAUUUAUUAUGAUGUAAAUGAUCAUGAUGCAUCAACUGUGGAUACUAAUGCUAUGGAUGUUCCUAGUAAAGUACAAAUUGAAAUGGAUGUAAAUACCAAAUUGGUGAAAGAGAAAUAUCCUAUAGCAGAUGUAUGGGAUAUUUAA